GUGAUGUCGUGUCUGACCUUUACGCGUCUUUCGGUGUGAAGAUGCCCCUCUCGUAUUGAACGUGUUCGGUCAUCGCGGCCAUCUUCUCAGUAGAGUCUGAGACAAUCCAUGCGGACUGCGCGUCUCGGUGUAUCAUGUGACUAUUUACCAUCAUCUAGGGCGGUCCAGCGCUGUCAAAAUGGCCGAGGAGAAUAAGAACGCCACAGAACCAGAACCUGGCGAGCACCAGACAUUAAAGUACCACCUACUUGGGCCGUCCCUGACCAAAGCGGGUCAAGACGCCGUUGACCAGUCCAAGGUCUCGGAGAUCAUCUACAACGCCUCUAAAGGAUCCAAGUUCUUCAACCGUGAAGAGGCGAAAGACAAAGUCCUAACACAGAAGAUCGAGCAGAUCUUGACAAAGAAGCGCCGCCUCGAAAAACUAGACCUCACGCGCGAAUCUCGAGCCGCCGACCAACUCAUCACUGAACUUGAAGCUUCUCGCGACCUAACACAGCGCAUAGUGCACCUUGAUUGUGACGCUUUCUACGCUGCUGUGGAGCAGCUAGAUCGCCCUGAGCUGAAAGAUGUCCCCUUCGCCGUUGGUGGUGGUGUUCUAACUACCUGCAAUUAUCAUGCCCGCAAGUUUGGUUGUCGCAGUGGAAUGGCCGGAUUUGUUGCGAAGAAGAUAUGCCCGGAGUUACUUCUUAUCCGACCUAAUUUCGAGAAAUAUACCGCGAAAGCUCAUGAAGUCCGUGACAUUCUCGCCAACUAUGACCCGAGAUUCGAAAGUGCUAGCAUAGAUGAAGCCUACCUCAAUAUUACCGAGUAUUGCGUCGAACAUAACAUGACAGCCGAAGAGGCUGUACAGCAAGUGCGCGAUGAGAUCCACGAGAAGACAAAGAUCACUGUGUCUGCGGGAAUCGCCGCUAAUGCCAAGCUUGCCAAAAUAUGCUCAAAUUUCAACAAACCCAACGGCCAAUAUUCUUUGCCGAACGAUCGAAAUGCGAUUGUGACCUUCAUGCGCGAUCUACCAACAAGGAAAGUGAAUGGUAUUGGCCGCGUACUGGAGCGAGAACUUCAGGAAAUAGGCAUUCGAACUUGUGGGGACAUUUAUCCUCAUCGUCACCUUUUACGUCAACUCUUCGGUGAGAAGACAUACCACUUUCUUUUGGCAUGCCACCUAGGUCUCGGACGGACCCAGAUACAGCCUGCUGAAGAGUAUGAGCGGAAGAGUGUCGGUACCGAGAGUACAUUUCGAGAUAUGUCAGACCCUACAGAACUGAGAGACAAACUUCGAUCGACAGCUGAAGAGCUGGAGAAAGACAUGCUGAGGGCUGAGUGUAAAGGGAGGACACUGGUACUCAAGGUCAAGUUGCAUACCUACGAAGUUUUCACUCGCCAGGUUGUCCUACCGAAAGCUAUUUAUCAAGCAGACGAUCUAUAUCAAUAUUCCUUACCAAUCCUCACGAAGCUACAAAAUGAAAUACCGUCUAUGAAACUACGGCUUAUGGGUUUACGAUGCACGCACCUAGUUAGCACAAAGAAGCCCGACACUCGUGCUUUCUUUGGACUACAACCGUUCAAGGUAGCAGCGGAUGACGCAUCUCGCAAAUCUGGACAACAGAUAGCGGGGAGAGCAGCUAGCUUGAGUCCUGAGUAUGAAGAUAACGACCAACUGGAAUCUGAGGUACAAGCUGGAGAUGAUGAAAGCCACGUACUUCAUGACGAAGCGCAACUAGGGAGUGCGCAUGAAACGAUACCUGCCGUGGCCCUUGAUGUUGAGACAGAACAGUGGUGGGACUGUCCUAUAUGCGGGAGGCCUCAGCCCGCAGACGAACGACGUUUCAAUGACCACCUAGACUCGUGUCUUUCGAGACAGACAAUUCGCGACGCUGUACAAAGAGAUACCACGGAGAGCCCGCCAUUGGUGAUGGAGCCAUCUUCGACGAAAAAGAUCAAGAGCGGCUUGGAUAAGAAGAGGGGACGGCCUGCUGGCUUUGAUGAUCCUAAGCAGAAAAAGCUUUGCUUCGGCUAGACUAUAAAGUAACCUUGUCUUAGGACCCCAAUCUUGAAUAUAUAUCAUUGACAUGGAGAAUGGACGAUGGGUCUUGAAGUGACCCCAAUCUGACGAGAGGUAUGACGUUAGCUGCCAGGCGAGGUAAAUGCUCUAUUUAAAGCAUACUCGUAGACCUAUGCAAACCCGAUUUUGGCGAGGCAGACUGAAGACCUCAAAGGUCGGACUGUUCAAUUUUUGGUAUAUGAAAUACUACGUGCACAGGAUGUGACAGGAUAAAAGUCCAGGCAGGUGUCCAACUGACGUUAGGUGGGGUCAUUAUCGUGAUCUUCUGAUUAUGCUAUUAACCCGUACUAUGCAUUUAACUCCAAUUUCCCCUUUAAGCUCAACAGGUGCCCAGA